UCUCCCUGGUGACUGGCCACGCCCUCCCAAAGAUGCUCCGCGCGCUCGGCUUCUCGAGGUGGGCUCAGCCGUCGCCCCUCCGACCCCUCCUCGUUCACCAAGCCAAGGGAAAAAGGGCGCUUGCAAGCCACGUGAUGACGCCACUUCCCCUUUCGUAUGCAGUGCUUGAUGGACCCUCACCUCAACCUCCACUUGUUUUUCUCCAUGGUCUCUUUGGAAGCAAAACCAACUUCCAGUCCCUCGCCAAAAUGUUUGUGCUCCAGACUGGCCGCAAGGUGCUGACAGUCGAUGCCCGUAACCAUGGCAGCAGCCCCCACAGCCCGCUGAUGUCUUACAAAGCCAUGAGUGCUGAUGUCCAGCUCCUCCUUCAGCAGCUGCACCUUCACAAGUGUGUCUUGAUUGGCCACAGCAUGGGGGGCAAGACGGCCAUGGUACUUUCGCUCCAGCGGCCAGAACUGGUGGAGCGCCUGGUAUGUGUCGACAUCAGUCCCAGUGUAACAUCCACUGUCACCAGCUUCCCAGCCUUCGUGGCUGCCAUGCAGGCCGUGGACAUCCCGCGGGGUCUCCCUCGCUCCACUGCUCGCCGGCUGGCUGAAGAGCAGCUGCGCUCGACUGUCCCGGAGCCAACCAUCCGCAACUUUCUGCUCACCAAUCUGGUGUCUUCUGAGGACCAGUUUGUGUGGCGGGUGAAUUUGGAGGCCAUCUCCCACCAUCUGAACGAAAUGAUGAGUUUCCCUGAUUUCCAGACGUCCUACACAGGCCCCACUCUUUUCCUUGGAGGCUCGAAAUCUGAGUACAUCAGCUCCAAUGACUACCCAGAGAUCGAACGGCUUUUCCCCCAAGCAGAGAUCCAGUACGUGCCUGAUGCCGGACACUGGGUUCACGCCGAUCAACCCCAACAAUUUCUUGCUGCUGUGUGUAACUUCCUAGAGCUGUCUCCACCAUAGAGUUUCUGGAAGGAUCGUCACAAACUGCCCUCUCGGAGCAAAAACAAGGCAGGAUUGAUAUCCUUCCUCAUUACUGGAAGCUCCCCCACUCCAUUUCCAUCCAUGACUCCACAAGCUCAAACUGGGGCUGUCUAUGCGUGUGAUUUCCCCUGUAGUCAGUUUUACUGGACACUUGAGCGGCUUUCAGCAGAUCCUGUGGUGGCCGGAACACCACUUCCCUUCUGUCUCCUCUGUACAGUGUGUAAUAUUAAAGUGAUGGUUUGUUUUGCUUUUCUC